CCAAGCCCGCGUACUCGCCCUCCAAGACUGGGAAUUGGCAGUGGACAUUUGAGGAUAAACCAGUAAGCGUUUACUAUGAGGAACAUGAGCAGGGGACUGCUGAGAAUGUGAAGAACAUCCUUAUGAUCCCUACAAUUUCUGAUGUUAGCACAGUGGAGGAAUGGAGGGUGGUCGCCAAAGAUAUUGUGACACGGAAAGGAGAACUCAGCUACCGUGCUACUAUUGUUGAUUGGCCUGGUCUGGGUUAUUCAGACAGGCCAUCACUGAACUAUAAUGCUGAUGUGAUGGAGAAUUUUCUGGUUCAGCUACUGAACUCACCAAAUAGUCCUGUGGCGGAUGCAGAUGGCGAACUGGUAGUUGUUGGAGGUGGUCAUGCAGCAACCAUAGCUAUCCGUGCAGCUGGGAAGGGCCUUAUCAGACCAUCUGCGGUUGCUGCUGUUGCACCUACUUGGGCUGGACCCCUUCCCAUUGUAUUUGGCCGAGGUUCUGAUAUGGAAACAAGGUACGGGCUUCUACGAGGAACCCUCAGGGCCCCAGCCAUUGGCUGGAUGAUGUACAAUCUUCUGGUGAGCAACGAAAAGUCCAUCCAGUCCCAGUACAAGUCCCAUGUGUAUGCCAACCCUGAGAAUGUGACACCGGAAAUCGUCGAAAGCCGCUACGAAUUGACCAAAAGAAAAGGCGCGCGAUACGUCCCUGCCGCGUUCCUGACGGGCCUCCUCGACCCUGUCCAAUCGAGGGAGGAGUUCCUGCAGCUGUUUGCCAAGUUGGAUGGAGAUGUCCCUGUUCUAGUGGUGUCGACGCUGAAUUCCCCCAAGAGGUCCAAGGCCGAGAUGGAGGCUCUCAAGGGCGCCAAAGGCGUGACCAAGUUCGUGGAGGUCCCGGGCGCGCUUCUGCCGCAGGAAGAAUACCCCUUGGCCGUUGCAGAGGAGCUCUACGACUUCCUGCAGGAAUCAGGAAGAUGAGCCACAUGUGUGAGGGAACUACACUGGGGUGGCCCUGACUGAGUUCAUCGACUCAUAUCGCCUUUUGCCGGUAAAUUUUCAUCGACGCGCCAUGUUGUUGCACCCGAGCUUUUUAUUUAGAGACAGUAAAGCAGCACCAUCCGUUCAUGGGCGCCAGCACUCAUACCGGACGGAGCCUGCUUCUGACGGAGCUGACGUCCACACAUACAUACAGCUCCAAUUUGUGUAAAAAAGCACACUGCCCUGACCAAUAAUUGCAGUCCAUCACAGUUAAGCCCA